AUGGACCGAAUUACGCAGACGGGCCGAGAAGCGUAUGUUGAUGUCAAAAUGAUGCAGGUUUCUUUCGAAUCUCCUGCACCACCGACCUCUGAGGCCUCGUGUGCUUCUCGUUCCUGCAUUCCUGCACCGAGACUUCGGAUGGUCGGGAGAUCACGUCCGGCGGCCGCCCUCCGAUCGCCGUCCGACCGCCUUCUGACCAAGCUCCCUCCCGUUUGCCUCGGUUUCUUGGACCCCAGGAGCGAGCGCCCCCAUCUCCAAGAGUCCAACAUCCCGCCCAGCAAGGCCCAACCCACUCGUGAUGUCUCUUCGGAAGAUUAUCUCGCUGCUACUGCUUCACACCGCUGCUGGCCAACGAAUGGCAGACUCCAUAUCAAUGUUUGGUGUGCCGGUCCUGGUGUGUCCUGUGUCAUGAAAGGGCAUCCCUGGCAGUUUGACAGGGUUGGCAGGAGAGCCACACGGGGCGGUCAGGCACAAAGAAGCGGACCUCACGCGGACCCGGCCAGAGACGGACGGCUCUUGACGCGCGCGCGCGCGCUCGCUCGCUCUCGUCGGCCUGUGUGGAAGCUGACUUGCUGGACAUUGAUAACAGCCACCGCCACCACAUGA